AUGGCUAUCGCCAAUAAAAUCAAAUCUAACCAUUGCACCUUGACAGUAGAUGCCAUCACCAUCACUGAGUCUCGUACUACUAAAGUUCUGGGAGUUAUAAUGAACCAGAAAAUGCACCAGGCUAGCCAUAGAAAUAAUGUGGCUGCAAGUGCAGGUCAGAAGCUAACCUUUGAAGUCCACAUGUGCCAAUGUCUUUUGGAGGCAAAAACAAUGCCACAAUUGGUGUACCAACCAAAUAGCCAGAGUGGCUACACACAUGGCCAUCCAGAAGGACCAUUGAUCACGAGUGUGAUGGAAUACUCCUUAUUUCUCUUAUUGAGUGCAGUUUUGAUAAUACCCAAGAAGCUUAAAACCAUUCAGAACAAAGCGGUCUGCUUGACUAGCACCACGUUGACUCCUCUACAUUUGAUACACAAUAGUACCACUUACAGUGUCAGUGAGCUGAUCGGGGGAGAGUGUGGCGUAGUUAACAGUUCCAGUGGGAUUCCAGUGAAGAUUGUUCCAAAUCUUUUUGCUUUCAGAUCACCCACAAAAUGGUAUCUGUACCAGUACCAAGUGACCUUUAUGCCUGACAUUGAAUCUAAACGUUUAAGAAUGGCAUUGCUGUUCUGCCACAGUGAUCUUCUAGGAACAAUCAGGGCAUUUGAUGGAGCUACGUUAUUCCUUCCAAACAAACUGCAAAAUCAAGUUACAGAAGUGACAAGCAUGAUAAAAGAUGGUCAGAUGGUGAAUAUAACAAUUCUACUGACAAGUGAAUUUCCGCAGAAUUCUCCAAUGUGUGUCCAGUUCUUGAAUAUCAUCAUUAAAAAAGUUAUGAAAAUGCUGUCUUUGUACCAAAUUGGGCAGAACUUCUAUAACACGUCAACUCCAAUUCACAUUCCUCAACAUAGGUUGAUUUUAUGGCCAGGCUUUUCUACUUCAGUCUUGAGAUAUGAGACCAAGAUCCUGUUGUCUGUUGACAUAAGCCACAAAAUUCUACGCAAUGAAACUGUAUUAGACUUCAUGAUUGAGCUGUACAACAGAGUUGGUGACCAGCAUUUCAGUGAUACCUGUAUGAAAGAAUUAGUGGGAUUCGUUGUCCUUACAAGAUACAAUAACAAGACAUAUCGCAUCAAUGACAUUGACUGGUCUGUGAAACCUACCAACAAAUUCAAAAAAGCAGAUGGAACUGAAAUCACCUAUGUUGAUUAUUAUUCACAGCAAUAUAAUGCCUCCAUCACUGAUCUGAAGCAGCCAAUGCUAGUCAGCCAGUUAAAAAGUAAAAAUCGUUUCAAGGAUAUGGCCCCACGUCUGGCUCACCUUGUUCCAGAGUUCUGCUUCCUCACAGGCCUAAGCAGCCAGGCUCGCUCUGAUUUUCAAAUAAUGAAGGAUUUGGCUGCAGAAACACAGCUGUCUCCUCAAAAAAGACAGAAGAGGCUGCAUGAACUAAUAGAUAAUAUUCAAAGAAAUAAAAUAACACGGACUGAGUUGGAAGGUUGGGGCUUACACCUUGAUGAGCAGAUUUCAUUGGUAGGCCGUGUCCUUCCUCCUGAGAAAAUUCAAAUGCUUGAUCAUUCGUGUCAGCCAGGGUCACCUGUAGACUGGUUUAGAGAUACUCGAAAAUCAAGAAUUAUUGGCAGUCGGCCACUCCGAGACUGGCUGAUGGUUUUCAGUCACAGAAAUUAUGAAGUUGCUGGUCAGCUUUUGGCAUGUCUUAGGAAAGUGGGACCACCAAUGGGCUUUUUGGUUGACAAUCCAAAAAUGAUACAAGUAAAUGAACGCCCUACAUCCUUCAUACAAGCUCUGAGGCAUCAUAUUGAGUCCAGUACCCAGUUGGUGUUGUGCAUUCUACCCUCAAAUCAGAAGAAUUAUUAUGAUUGUAUGAAGAAAUUCUUGUGUGUAGAGAAGCCAAUUCCAAGUCAGUGUGUGGUGGCCCGUACACUGAACAAGGCAAAUAUGAUGAGUAUCGUGACCAAAAUUGCUUUGCAGAUGGCUUGCAAAACAGGGGGAGAAUUGUGGAUGGUGGAGAUUCCUAUGAAAUUUUUGAUGGUGAUUGGCAUUGACAUUAACUAUGACACCCUCAGAAAAGGGAUAUAUGUUGGAUUUGUUGCAAGUAUCAACAGUACAGUCACAAAAUGGUUGUCUCGCUGUGUCUUCCAGUCUUCCAGUGAAGAGGUAGCUGAUUGUUUGAAGAUUUGCAUGAAAGGUGCUCUAAACAAAUGGCUUGAAGUGAAUCAUGAACUGCCUAGCCGUAUUGUUAUUUAUCGUGAUGGUGUAGGGGAUGGGCAACUAAUGACAUUAGUUGAUUAUGAAGUGCCCCAAAUAUUGGACAGCUUCAAGAUGGUUCACUCAGCCUACAGAAAGUCACCACUGCUGCCUCUGCUGCUAUCACUUCCCAAACACUCUACACAGCAGCUACCAUCUGAAACUCUUGUUCGAGAAAUCUUCAUAAAUUAUCUUGAUGUAACAGAUUGUCCGAACCCCAAAGUAACAAUCAUUGUAGUUCGGAAGAAAGGUACCUGCCGAUUUUUUGCUAAUGUGAAUGGACUGCUUCAAAAUCCACCAGUUGGCACUGUGAUUGAUAGCGAGGCUACCCAUCCUGAACGGUAUGACUUCUUCCAAAUCAACCAAUGUGCACACCAAGGCACUGUUUCUCCAACAUACUACCAUGUUGUAUAUGACAAUAGUAGCAUGAAACCAGAUCAUGUACAGAGAUUAACUUACAAGAUGUGUCACCUCUAUUACAACUGGCCAGGUGUAAUUCGUGUGCCAGCUCCAUGCCAAUAUGCCUUCAAACUUACAACUCUGGUGGCUCAGAAUGUUCAUAGAGAACCUGACUUAGGAUUGGCUGAUCACCUUUUCUUCCUGUGAAAGUAAAUUAUCUAGGAUUGUUAGUUGAAUUCCUCAAUGCAUUAUUUUCUGAAAAACCAAAAUACGAUGAAUGUUUGUUAGUUUUAAAAUCCAGAAAAGCUAUUAUUUUCUGUAAGUUUAAGUUUGUUUUUAAGGGGUCUGUUCUGUAAAUCGAGAGUCCUUUGCUUUUAAAUGAAACUUAUUUCGUUUUAAAUUGUUAUCUGACCGUGUAUUUGAAUAAGGACAUACAAAUAUGCAGCAGAAUCUCAAAUAUUACUUAAAAAGACAGUAAAAAUAAGCAAAGAUAUACAUAAUAGAAAAUUUGAGCAAUGUUUAUAAUGGUUUACAGCAUUUACAAACAAAUUUUGCAUUUCAUUCA